CCUAGCAGCCAGCAGCGCGGUGAUUGACGGCUGAGCGGCUUAAACGGUCAGGAGCGGAGCGGCGGUCAGAAACGGGCCGAAACGACUUAAAGCAUCCGGUUAUGAACAAACAAACGAAAAAACCUCUCCGGAUUUAAAGACGUUUUUUGGACUCUAACAGACUUUAAAACUACUUCACUUUACUUUGUUGUUCUUUUCUGUCAGAAGAAGCAACAGUUUGGACAGACGGACAUUCCUUCAGCCGAGGCAGCAGGCUCGCUCGUCCAUGUCGUCACAGCAGCAGCAGCAGAGGCCAGAAGCUGCCCACCAAGCCCAGGGAGGAAGCCUGAUCCUCCCGCUCGACGUCCACCACCCCACACACUGAGGAGGAACAUGCUGUAGCCACCGGACCGCCAAUCAAAAUGAUGGCAUCGGUGGUUGUCGGGGGCAACCGGAAGAAGUCCCUCACGCUGAGAGGGGUGGACCCCGAGACCUGUAUGAUUGUGUUUAAGAACCACUGGGCUCAGGUAGUGAGGAUCCUGGAGAAACACGAGCCGGGGCGGAGCGGCAUCAGCGCGCUGAGUUUCCUCUCCGGCCACGCUGGCGGCAGCUCUGGAACAUUACGUCUGGGUCCCAUCCCGGCCGACGAGGCCAGCGCCGUCCAGAACUACGUGGAGCAUAUGCUCUUCCUGCUGAUGGAGGAGGAGGCGGGGCAGGGGGGAGCGAUGGGUCCCAUCCUGGAGUUCGUGGUCCUGGAGGGCGUGAUGGAGAGGCUGUUUCUGUGGAGCCUGAGGAGACAGUUCACAGAGGACAUGAAGCUGGAGCAGCUCAGGAUGUACCAGAUGCUUCUGUCUCAGGCCAGGCAGCCUCUGCUGCACCACAAACCAGUUCUACGCCCACUCAUGAUGCUGCUGGCCUCCUGCGCUGGAGCCGGGACGGGCAGCGGUGGAGUGGUGGAGGCCGAGCUGGUCCUCCUGCUGAACCAGCUUUGCGUGGCUCUGGUCAAAGAUCCGUCAGUGCUGGAACUGUUCUUCCACACCAGUGAGGACCAGGGAGCCGCCAACUUCCUGCUCUUCUCUCUGCUCAUACCGUACAUACACAGACAGGGUUCGGUCGGUCAGCAGGCCAGAGAUGCUCUGCUGCUCAUCAUGUCGCUGUCGGCCUCCGAUUCUCGUGUCGCCCAGCACAUCGCCGAAAACACAUACUUCUGUCCUGUGCUGGCCACGGGUCUGUCUGGUCUGUACUCGUCUCUCCCUGCCCGGCUGCAGGUUUACAGUGAAGACUGGCACUGCCUGGACCAGGCUGACUGGCAGCAGGUUCCAGCUCUCGUCCACUUCCUGCACUCGCUGGACUUCUGUAGUGCGGUUACCAAGGUCGCUCAUCCCUCCAUCCGGUCUCAGUUGCUGGGUUACAUCUACAACGGCUUCCUGGUGCCUGUGCUGGCUCCUGCUCUGCACAAGCUGACAGUAGAGGAGGUGAUGACCACCACGGCGUACCUCGAUCUGUUCCUGCGCUCCAUCCCCGAACCCGCCCUCCUGCAGACCUUCCUGUCCUUCAUCCUGCUGCACACGCAUGACAACGUGCACAUCCUGGACACACUGGUCAGCAGGGUCAACACACCUUUUCAGCUGGGUACUGUGUCCCUGGCUCUGUUCAGGACUCUGAUUGGUCUCUUCUGUGAAGACGUCAUGCUGCAGCUGGUGUUCAGGUAUCUGAUUCCCUGCCAUCACCUGAGCAGGAAGCAGCGCCGCUCCCUCAGUCAGAGAGACUGUUACUCCUCCAGCGCCGCCUCCUUCCUGCGCCUCAUGCCCUCCUGGUGCCCCGAGAACCUCAACAACACUAACACAAGCUCACACUUGGAGCACAUCCACUGGCCCAAAGGAGCAGAUCUGUCGGUGUCAGACAGUGUUGGUUACUGUCGGGGUUCAGACUUUUUGAUGGAUGUAAACUACCUCCACUACCUCUGGGACGCCCGCCAGGCCAUCUCCACUUCCCACAGGGCAUGUCGGCUCUGGUCGGCUCCGUAUGACGGGAUCAACCCUUCGCCUCAAGAAUACCGAUCUGACACACCUGGCGACGACAUAGACGAUGAGGAGGAGAUCGUACGCCGAGUCAAGAGCGACUCCGUCUCCUCUUUGGUCAUCACUCCUCCCCCCUUGGCCCUCUCCCCCACCCUGUCCUCCUCAGACACCGUCUCCACAGGCUACCAGACAGGACGAGCCAGCUCUGCCCUGGAGCUGGAGUGGGAUGACAUUUUUGCAGACGACGACCCCUCUUUUUCAUCAGGGAUGCUAAACAAGGUGCUGGCGAAUGGCAGCGUGACCGUGGAGGCGGACAGGUGCGCUUCCACACCUGCACCUCCUCAACACAUCCAGGAGAUGCAGCGUACUGCGACCAAGCUGGUGCAUGGCUCGUAUGUCGAGGAAUCAGAGUUUCAGGAUGAUGUUCUGGUCUACGAUCUUGUCGCCCAGAAGGACACAAAGGCGGCCAUGUUGGAGCGGAUUAUGGCAGCAAACCGACAGGCACGCGGAAGCGUCUCAAACAGCCAACGACUGUCAACAGCAGCAAUGACAACAGCGGUGACAACAGCAGGGAGGACCGUGAUAGAGACAGUUAACAGUAUAAUGUCAACGAGGAGGAGGAGCGAGGAUGGAGGGAAAGAGGAGAGAAGAUGGAGUGAGGAUUGUGGGAAGGAGGUGAAGAGGAGGAGUGAUGAGUGUGGAUGGCAGACAUGGGAAAGGAAGGAGGAAGAUGAGACAAAGAGGACAGAUGUACAAGGAGAGCCACAGGGACGUCAGUUUCUCACCAAUGGCUUCAAUGCUAAGAAUCACAUCAUCAACGAAGGUGAUGAUACUGAUGAAGACUGCAAAACAGUACAGCAAAGCUGCAAAGCGACCGACUUCACAGCUACCAUAAACCACUUGAAUGCACCACACCAGCAGCACACACACCACAACGCACAACAUCCCACACUGUGUUUUGUGACAAACGCUUUACCCAACGGACAUCCUGAGUCUGAAUCACACGAGCUUUUGGUUUCUCCUAGUCUUCCUGACAACAAAGUCAUGAAUAACAACGACUUCCUGUCCCAAUACCAUGAGCUCAUGCUCUCUUUGGGGGUGGAGCCAGAUGGUGAUGACAUCACAGAUGACAGCACAUUCAGAAAGCGUGUCAGAGCACUGAGGCAAAAACUGGAGGAGGAGGAGGAAAUAUUUGGUGAAGAACUUGUUUUUAGCUCCUCGUGGGAUGACAAAGAAGAGAAAGGAGAGGAGGAGGUGGAGGAGGCAGAGGAGGAGGCGGAGGAGAAAGAAGAAGGAGAGGAGAGGACGAGCAGCACUAAGAAAGACGGCAGGAGGCAUGGAGUUCCAUUUACAGGUCCGUUCAUCAGCGUCCUGUUGUCGCGGCUGGAGAACCUUCUGGAAAACUCCAUCGCCGUUAACCUGCUGGUGACGGGAAUCCUGGCCCAGCUGGUGUCGUACCCACAACCUCUGCUAAGGUCCUUCCUGCUCGGCACGGACACACGCCACCGACCCAACGUGCGCACACUGUACCAGGUGUUGGUGUCGGUGCACGCUCAGAUAGAGCGCUACGUGGCAGCCAGGCCAGACUAUCCUGCCCUGGUCACUCAGGCCUGGAGGUUCUUGUUGGCGAAAGACCAAGACAGCAAGUUUAGAGAGUGCCUCCAGUCUCAGGGCGGUCACAUCAUCCUGGACCCAUCUCUUCCUAAUGGCUCCUUGAGGAACGCUCUGGCUUUGCCUCCCCUCGGCGUCCUGCCGCCCUGCCCUCCCAUCGCCCCCCAAGCCAAGAGCCGAGUGUUCGCCAUCAUCCUGUACGCCGAGUUCCUGAAGGAGCUGGCCGCCAUGGCCCAGGAGCACAGCAUCGCUCUGGACUGCUCUGCUGAGGAGUAACGUCAAGUGGGAAAGAAGGCAGAUUUGAAAAAACACCUCCAAGCAACAGUAAUACUUUUUCCUAUGUGCUGUGAAAGCACUACAAGCCUCUCUUCCAACAAACUGUGUUACCAUGGAGACAUUAUGGGAUGCAGCGAGCUGACUGAACUGUAAAGCUCAGCUCAGCCACAGCGAGGACACGUCUCUUCUUACAGUCUCUCUUCCUCUGGAAUAAAUUAUUGCCAAAAUGAUAUGGAAAUAAUUAAACUGAUUCUGACAAUCUGAUCUUCA